CUCAAGCCUGUUCAGUUCCUGUCUCCUUUUCCUGGGCUGUCAUGGCUGUUGGAAAGAACAAACGCCUCACCAAGGGUGGGAAGAAAGGUGGAAAGAAGAAGGCGGGUGAUCCAUUCCUGCGGAAGGAGUGGUAUGACAUCAAAGCUCCAAGUAUGUUCACGGUGCGCAACUGCGGUAAAACCCUGGUUUCAAGGACCCAGGGUGCGAAGAUUGCCACCGAAGAGCUGAAGGGCCGAGUGUUGGAGGAGAGAUGGAAAGAGCUCACGGAAUUCAGCUGUUUGGAUCUGCCCCAAAAUUUUCAUAGGUGAUCAUCAUUGAUCAUCAUUUUCCCACUUCUCCACAUGAUAAUUUGCUAUACUUUGGGUGUUUUGAAUUCUCCCAUUGUCCGGUCCAAAAUCCUGCUGACCGCUGGCUCUGACUCUGGCCAGGUGAACUUGGCCGAUCUGAACAGCGAUGAAGAUCAGGCCUCCAAGAAGAUCCGGCUGUGCAUCGAGGAGGUGCAAGGCAGAAGUUGCUUGACGGACUUUCAUGGCAUGCAGCUGACAAGGGAUAAGAUCUGCUCACUCAUCAAGAAGUGGCAGACAUUGAUCGAAGCGCAAGUGGAUGUCAAGACGACCGAUGGCUAUGUGGUCCGGAUGUUUUGCAUGGCCUUCACGGCCCGGCAGCGCGAGCAGGUGAAGGCCAACUGCUACGCGCAGACUGCGCAGAUCCGAAAGAUCCGGCGGAAGAUGACGGAGAUCAUGACGCAGGAGGCGAGCAAGUGCCAGCUCCGCGAGCUUGUGAAGAAGCUGAUCCCUGAAGUGAUCGGCAAGGAGAUUGAGAAGCAGUGCAAGGGGAUCUUCCCACUGAAGGACUGCAUGAUUCGCAAGGUGAAGAUCAUGAAAAAACCCAAAUUUGACAUCACCAAGCUCAUGGAGUUGCAUGGCGAUGGAGGAGAUGAUGUCGGUGUUGAGAUGAUGCGCCCCGAGGCUGAUGAUGCCAUGAAUACCUUGACUGCGGAUGUGACCGCAGCUGCUGAUGAUGACUGAGUGCGAAGCAGAGCUUUGAAACAUGGCCAAGUGACGUGUUUCAUCUCUGAUUGAUUUGGGCGGUUUUGGGCCCCGUGCCCUGUGUGCUGUCCCUCCUCACAGAACCACAAAGUGCCGCUGAACUUUCGUCACAAGUUCCAAGUUGC